AUGUCGUUCCAACGCUCCAGCGCCCUCGAAUCGCAACCCACGACAUGGCGAAGGGACGACGAUCCGUCAUACGCCGAUGACCCAGAGUUCCGCGACUUCGCCGACAAGCUUUCCGACGACCUCUUCGCCCUGACCCGCAACGUCGCCCGCCUGUCGCAAGAGACGGGCAAGCUAGGGACCAAGCACGAGACCGCCCGUGUGCGCGAGCGCGUGAAGACCACCGUCGAAGAGACAUCGGAGAAGUUCAAAGAGCUUGGAGAGGGAUUGAAGAAGAUUACUACCUGGCCCGAUGUUGGGCCCUCGCAGAAGUUCACGCAAUCGAAGCUCCAGCGCGAAUUCAAAGCAACACUCACCGAGUUCCAACACCUCCAGAAGCAAGCGUUAGAGAAAGAGAAGCAGUCGGCACAGGCGGCACGCACAGCCCUGCAAGACGUAUCAUCGCCAAGCGAAGAGCGGGGAGACUUUGGGCAACAACAGGAGCAGGAACAGCUGCGCUUGGCAAACCAGGAUGAGGUCGACUUCCAGGAAUCGAUGAUCAUCGAGCGCGAGUCCGAGAUCCGCAACAUCGAGCAGUCUGUUGGGGAACUCAACGAGCUGUUCCGUGAUGUUGCGCAUAUGGUGCACGAGCAGGGUGCGCAACUCGACAUCAUUGAAGAGAACGUUGAGGUCACGCAUGACGCGUCGCGAGGCGCACAUGUGAAUCUGAAGCAGGCGAGCAACUAUCAGAAGAGCGCCAGGAGUAAGGCAUGCAUCCUGCUGCUCAUCCUCGCUAUUGUUUUGGUCAUCAUCAUUCUUGCUGUCGUUUUGGAUUAG